UUCGUAUAUAAAAACUUCCCCAAGGGAAAAAUAGAAAAAUCACUUCUCUCAAAUUUCUCCCCAAAUCGCCAUUGUUAUUAGCUUUUCAAGGUAAACGACGAAAAACCCUAGAAUUCAAAGGACGCUCAAUUCGCUUACACUAGUUAGGGUUUACGAAAUUGGAUGAUAAAUCCGUCGAAUUCGCUACAAUUUCAUUCAUUCUGACGAAAUGGGAGCCAGUCGAAAGUUACAGGGCGAGAUCGAUCGAGUUUUGAAGAAGGUUCAAGAAGGUGUUGACGUUUUCGAUAGCAUCUGGAACAAGGUCUACGAUACCGAUAAUGCUAAUCAAAAAGAGAAGUUUGAAGCUGAUUUGAAGAAGGAAAUUAAGAAAUUGCAGAGGUAUAGAGACCAAAUCAAGACAUGGAUACAGUCCAGCGAAAUUAAGGAUAAAAAGGUUAGUGCAUCUUAUGAGCAGGCUUUGGUGGAUGCCCGGAAGCUUAUUGAGCGUGAGAUGGAAAGGUUUAAAAUUUGCGAGAAGGAAACAAAGACGAAAGCAUUUUCAAAAGAAGGUCUAGGCCAGCAGCCUAAAACUGACCCUAAGGAGAAAGCAAAAUCAGAGACAAGAGAUUGGUUGAACAAUGUGGUAGGAGAGUUAGAGUCUCAAAUUGAUAAUUUUGAGGCUGAGAUGGAGGGCUUAUCUGUGAAGAAAGGAAAGACGAGACCUCCUAGACUGACACAUUUGGAGACUUCUAUAUCUCGUCACAAGGCUCAUGUAAUGAAAUUAGAAUUGAUAUUGAGAUUACUAGACAAUGAUGAAUUGAGUGCUGAACAUGUCAAUGAUGUUAAAGACUUCCUUGAAGAUUAUUUGGAACGUAAUCAGGAAGAUUUUGAUGAGUUUAGUGAUGUUGAUGAGCUCUACAACACCUUACCAUUAGACAAGGUGGAAGCUCUUGAAGAUCUCGUGUCAAUGGGACAACCUGGACUUGCUAAGGGUGGCGGUGUUGCCAGCUCAGUUCUAAGUUUAAAGACAUCAUCAAAUACGUCAUCUUCUGUGGCAUCGGCGACUGUUCCAUCCUCUCAACUAACUAUUCCUAUUCAGGAGCAAGAUGAAAUAAAUUCUAUGGACAGUAAUUUUGAUUCUGUUCCAAAAACUCCGCCGUCUAAGACUAGCAUACUCAGUUCCCCCAAUCUGUCAAUUCCGCCAACAAGUCAGACGGCUAUAGCAAACUCUUCUACUCAUCUACCUGCCACUCCAAGUGCUACAGCUUCUGUUUCUGGGUCAGUUUCUGGUAGAGGCAUUCUGGAAGGUGCUGUUCCUUCUUCUCCUUUGAAUCUCCCAAAUGUUGCCAAAGAAGAGGAUGCAGUGAACUUACCUGGCCGAAGAUCAUCACCUGCUCUCACAGACCCUGCAGCUCUUACUCGAGGCAUUGGCCGGGGCAGUAUGUCCAGUCAACCUGCUGUUAGUGUCCCUCUUAGUUCUGUUGGUACAGUUCCUAGCAGCGGCAUGACGCUUGGUGCAGUUCCUCUGGCGUCAGAGGUAGCGAAGAGAAAUAUUUUAGGAUCCGAUGACAGACUUGCAAGUAGUGUUGUCGCCGGUAGAGCCUUUUCUUCUUCUGGGGUUCCUGGAAUGCAGUGGAGGCCUGGAAGCUCUUUUCAGAGUCAAAGUGAAGUGGGACAGUUUCGUGGAAGAACUGAAAUUGCUCCUGAUCAACGGGAAAAGUUUCUUCAGAGGUUGCAGCAAGUACAGCAGCAAGGUCACAGCAAUAUUCUUGGAAUGCCAAGUCUUGCAGGUGGAAAUUCUAAACCCUUCUCAGGACAGCAGCAAAAUCCACUUCUUCAGCAGUUAAGUUCUCAAAGCUCGUCUAUCUCCUCUCAAGUUGGUCUUGGUCUGGGAUUGCAGUCUCCUGGACUAAGCACUGCUUCAUCUGCACCUGUCCAUCAGCAGGCUGUCCAGCAGGGAUCUUUAGUAGUUGCUCCAAAAGAUUCAGCUACCGAGGAUCAGCAACAGCAGAACUUAUCUGAGGAUUCGGCAGUUGAAAUGGCUCUUGGUUCUGGGAUUUCCAAAAAUUUGAUGAAUGAUGAUGAUCUUAAAGCUUCUUAUGUGAAGGAUGUCUCAAGUGGAGGUGCAUCUGGUCCGCUAACAGAAUCCACGCAACUGUCAAGAGAUGCAGAUCUUUCUUCUGGUCAAACUUUGCAAUCAAGUCAACCAUCUGGUAGCCUUGGAGUUAUCGGUCGGAGAAGUAUCUUAGACCUUGGGGCCAUUGGUGACAACAUUGGCGGAACAACCAACUCUGGGGGAGUGCAUGAUCUUGUGUACAAUACGCAGAUGCUUGAGGCUGCAUUCUACAAGCUUCCUCAGCCUAAAGAUUCAGAACGAGCAAAGAGCUAUACGCCUAGACACCCUGCAGCAACUCCUCCAAGCUAUCCGCAAGUUCAGGCACCAAUUGUAAACAAUCCUGCUUUCUGGGAACGAUUGGGUCUUGAUACCUUGGGGACCGAUACCUUGUUCUUUGCAUUCUACUAUCAACCAAAUACAUAUCAACAAUAUUUGGCUGCAAAAGAGUUAAAGAAACAAUCAUGGAGAUACCAUAGAAAAUAUUACACAUGGUUUCAGAGGCAUGAAGAACCAAAGAUUGCCACUGAUGAAUACGAGAAGGGGACCUAUGUCUACUUUGAUUUUCAUCUUGCCAACGAUGACCCGCAUCAAGGAUGGUGCCAGAGGAUUAAAACGGACUUCAAAUUCGAGUAUAGUUUUUUAGAAGACGAACUAAUUGUAUAGAUGUAUAGACCACCUUACAGUCUCAAACCCAAAAUUUGGGGGUUUUACCAUGAUAACUGUGCUAUGCUUGCUUCAAUUCGAGAUGAUAUUAAUUCGGACUUUAUGCAAUCUAAUUAAAAAACCGCUUGACUUGCCA